UCAAAUUUUUUUAAAAAUUCAGCUUGUUUAUCGGAAAGUUGCACCGCAAUACUGUAAAAAUUGCUUGAAAAAAUGUGCAGCGAUGAUCACACUGCUUAAUUUGACUAUAACAUUACUCACUAGCUGAUUCUGGUAGUUUGAGUGAUUUCUCUCUUGUUGCCAAUGGCUAUUACCAGCUCAGUUUUUGUUGAUGUCUUUGUUAGGGAGCUGUUUUGUGGAUUUGAAAUGUUGUGAUUAUGAUCAAAUGGCCAAUUCAACCUUUAAUCAAAUUUCGGAAGAGCAUAGAUGCGCAGCAUGUUUCAAGCAGUACAAGAAAAGGGAACAUCUUAUCGAGCAUAUGAAGAUCUCGUAUCACUCGGCUCACCAGCCAAAGUGCGGCGUAUGCCAAAAGCACUGCAAAUCAUUCGAAUCACUGAAGGAGCACACAACUGGCGCACUGUCAAAAAGGAAUUGCUCCGAAGUUUUCUCUGAAAGAGGUUGUGACCUCUGUAUGAGAAUUUUCGAAAGCUCAGUUUUUCUAAUUGAACACGAGCAAGUAUGUCGCCUACGGGCCCCUACUCCCUUGCAGGGGCCUAGCGCAGAAUCUCAAAUCUAUGAUCCUCCACUAAUCAUUGAAAACGAGCGUGGAAGCCGCCCUGAGGCUGUUGCUAUUGAUUGUGCAAUGGCUGGUGGUGGAAGUGAUGGAACACUUGAUGUAUGUGUGAGGGUAUGCCUUGUCAACGAGGGGGAGAAACUGAUUUUCCACGCAUACGUUCUUCCGCAAAUUCCUAUUACUAAUUAUAGGUAUGAGGUCACUGGGAUUACGGAGGACCAUCUAAAAGAUGCCAUGCCGCUAGAGGAAGUGCGGGAUAAGAUUCUGCAUAUUCUGCACAAUGGAGAAUCAAUUGGGAUAUUGCGCUUGAGUGGUGGAAAGGCCCGGGUUCUUGUAGGUCAUGAACUUGAACGUGACUUGUAUUGCCUAAGCACGCAUUAUCCCGAUCAUUUGCUUAGAGAUACGGCGAAGUACCCUCCUUUAAUGAAGACGAAUCUCGUGAGCCACUCGCUUAAAUACCUAGCCAACACCUAUCUCGGGUACCAUAUGCAGUCGGAGAUGCACGAUCCGUAUCAAAAUUGUGUAUCCGCGAUGAGAUUAUAUACGAGACUUCGCUCCCAGAAACACCAAACAAAAGCAAACGAGCUUUUAGCUACUUGUCGAAAGCUUACGAAGGGUUAUGACUCAUUGACGUACAAGGAGAUUGAGGGUAUGUCAUCAAACGAGCUCUUUGAUGUCUCAAAAUCUAAUUAUAAGUGUUGGUGUUUGGAUUAGUUGAUAGUAUGUCCACCAUAUCUUUCAGAUGAAUAUUUGAAUAUUUUGGUGCUAAAAAAUUAAAAUAUUUCUUUUACAUAAAUCCAUGUUUAGUUCAUGAUUUGGUGAUAGAUUUGCAGAGUUUA